CCACAGGGUGGAACGGCUAAGCUAACUAGCUGUUAGCGGGGCGGUCACUUGUUUAUCGGACCCAAAAUCUAGACUUUUGACCUUUAUUGCUUACUAUGUUGUUUGUCGAAGAGCUACACAUGUCUGAGAUUGAGUGAGGCCAACAAUUAUUUCUGUUAUUUCGUCGGCGCUCCGUGUGAAGCGAAGCAUUAUGGAUGCAGUGAACGCGUUCAACAUGGAGUUGUUCUCCAUGAUUGACAUGAAGCCCCCCAUAUCCCGUGCCAAAAUGAUGUCUGUAACCAAAGCGGCCAUCAAAGCUAUCAAGCUUUACAAGCAUGUUGUCCAGAUUGUUGAGAAGUUUAUCAAGAAGUGCAAGCCAGAAUUAAAAGUCCCUGGUUUGUACGUGGUGGAUUCCAUUGUUCGGCAGUCACGGCACCAGUUCGGUGUUGAUAAAGAUGUAUUUGGACCCAGAUUCUUGAAGAACUUCACGGAAACUUUCCAAAACCUUUUCCGCUGCUCAGAGGAUGAUAAGACUAAAAUAGUCCGUGUGCUUAACCUGUGGCAGAAGAACGGUGUAUUUGACAUGGACAUCCUUCAGCCUCUGAUGGACAUGGCCAAUGGUGUUUUUGUGCCGGCCCCGGCGCUGGAAGUCGUUGCUCACCCUCGGCCACAGGCGCAGCCUCUUGUCGAUGAUGCUUCCAUUGAGCCGGCGGAGCCCCAGCUUCCCACUCCUGAUGCCUUAGCUGCAGUGGCUCAGCUCUUUCAGUCCCCCCAUGGUCAGGAGCUGCAGAGGAUGCUACAGAACUUCCAGCAGGCAGAUAAAAGCCUGGCAGAUACCACCGCAAACAACUUGCCAAAUCCACCCCAGAUGCCGGCUGCCCAGAUCAAUUCAUACAGCGCACACACAGAAAGGAAAAGCUCCUUAGCCGAGAAAUUGCUGGACCGAUUUGAUUAUGAUGAUGAACCUGAAGAUGCUACGGCUCCAGAAAUGAACGCUCAGCCACAAAACUUUCCUGGGAGUAUCCUAAACCAGUUUCUUGGUCAGAUACCAAACACAGAUGUUCAUCCUCACAUGAGGGGACAGGCUGCUGGCACACAGCAUUUUGGUGGAACGGGCCAUGUUGACCAUCAUGUCCGACCAGGCAGAUACCACCCUGUAAACGAGGACCAGACUGGCUCACGGGGAAAUUCAAUAGAAGACUCCAGGCAUGACAAUCGGCACAGAGGCUACGGGAGAAGAUCCAGGUCACGUUCCAGAUCUCCUUGGAGACGAAGGUCAAGAUCGUCAUCUCGCUCGAGAAGACCAAGACAUCGACGCUCCCGCUCCAGAGAUCGGCGCCGGAGAUCUCGCUCUCGCUCCCUGAACAGGAGUGAACGUGAGAAGGACCGAGAGCGCAGGCAGAAAGGUCUUCCCAGCUUAAAGAGUCAAACACUCAGUGUCUGCAGCACGACGCUUUGGGUCGGACAGCUCGACAAGAAAACGCAGCAGUCUGAUGUGAUGUCCCUUCUGGAAGAGUUUGGCCAGAUCGAGUCCAUCAAUAUGAUCCCUCCACGGGGUUGUGCCUACAUCGUCAUGGUUCACAGACAAGAUGCCUACACAGCUUUGAACAAACUCAGCAAAGGCCCAUACAAAGUCAACCAGAAACCAAUGAAGAUUGCUUGGGCAUUGAACAAAGGUAUUAAAGCUGCACACAAGAAGUUCUGGGAUGUGGAGCGAGGAGUUACAUACAUCCCCUGGAGCAAAGUGAAGGUGGAGGAGCUGGAGAGCUAUCGGGAAGGGGGAAUCCUGGACACAGAAAGUCUAAAUCCAGAGUGGAAGAAUGUUUUGGACGCCAAAAACCACACGCCUCAGAACGGAGUACCGGAGAGUGUACCAGAUGGGACCGUCUCUGCUCAUGUUCAGGUGAAGCCGGUUCAGCAGACAGAGUGUGUUGGAAAUCCCCCUCCUUCUUUCCCCAGCCCCGUACUGAUGCCCCCUGCUUCCAUGCCUCCAGGAGGGGCUCCGUUUGUCCGGCCGGAGUUUGAUCCUGCAAAGCUGGCAACAGUCGGAGGUGUAAAAUUUCCAGAAGAGUCCACCGACCUUCCAACGCUGGACAAAGGCCUUUCUUCGGAUCCUGGGCCCACCAGCCAGCUGGGGUCCCCCCCGGUGAUGACCCUGCCGAGCCAGGCAGUCAUGGCGGGGCCGCGGCCCGGAGUGCCGUCUCUGCAGGUCCCGCCGGGCAUGGCGAACCCUCACAUCCCCUCUUUCCUCUCCCCGCCGCACAUGCCUCACAUGCCUCCACAGAUGCUGCCCGGACGGCCCAUGUUCCCGGCGGACAGGUUCAGACUGGCCAUCCCCUUCCCCCCUCGUGGCCCCCCUUUUAUCCGACACCCCUCUCUUGGACUUGAGGGCAUGAAUAACAGGGAAGCGCUUUUCCGAAACGCGAGACCGGGAUUUGGGAUCCCGCAGUUUCCCAGGGGGAGGUGGUAGAAAUCUGCUGAAUGAUGAAGCUAAAGCACUGUGACCACUGAGACACUGAACUGAAGGACGUUUGGACAUUUGCUGUUCAGACUUGUUUGGGUUUUCACUGAGUUUUCCUUUAACACACACAAGACUUUUUUGGCUGUACAUAAUGUGUCUGGUUGGCUCUGUUUGCAAUCUUUUUGUACAUUGGAAAAUUGUGUAGUUUAUCCUGGAGUGUGUUGUUAUGGUAGGUGCCGGUUUAAACAAAAGCAAUGUCUGUAUUUUUGAGCUUAGUCCGUUUCCAGGGUGUCUCGUUUGUUUAAGAAAAAAAAAAACACUGUAAAAAUGUACGAUACCUUUUUGGUAUAUUGUUUUUAGUAAAAUGCCUUGGUACCACUCUGAUAUUUAAGAGAAACUGGAUUCAUUCGAGAAGGUUUCCCGUCCUGCCAGUAGAGGGUAGGGUAAACCCUGUUUCCUUUUCCAACCUCUGUUAUAUGUUAAGGUCACACCUUGUUGGAUUAUGUGGGGUGAAUAUUAAAAAGAAGGCACUGUCAUUUCUGCAGGUGGUUUAUUCAUUUU